CUUUCUUUAUUUUCCUUUUUGCCCUUAUUCUCUUUCAUGAAGGUGAGAGGGAAAAAUAACUGAAAGUGUUAAAGAGAAACAGAGAGCAAAACUUGCAAUUUCUGGGGUGAAGAAAAUGGCUACACUGAGAAUCCCAGAUGUUGUUCCUUCUCCAGAUGAAGACUGUGAAACUCUUAUGAAAUCCUUCAAAGUUUUGUGGUUGUGUGUAGGACUGGGAACUAAUGAGAAGUCAGUGAUAUCGGUGUUGGGCCAGAGAAAUGCAAGCCAGAGGAAGAAGAUCAGAGAAACCUAUCAGCAACUUUACAACAAGUCCCUUAUAGAUGACAUUAAUUCUGAAUUGUCUGGUGAUUUCAGGAAAGCAGUCAUCCUAUGGACAUACGAGCCUUCUGAAAGAGAUGCACGGCUAGCAAAUGGAGCCUUAAAGUCAAGAAAGAAAACCAUCACCCAGUUGCAAGUGAUAGUAGAGAUAGCUUGUGCAUCAUCUCCUGAUCAUCUGGUCGCGGUGAGACAAGCAUAUUGUGGCCUUUUCAACCGUUCACUUGAAGAAGAUAUCACAGCAAAUGUCCCUAUGCCUAUACAAAAGAUUCUUAUUGGUCUAGUCAGGUCCUAUCGAUAUGAUAAAGAAUUGGUGGAUCCUAGUACUGCAAAUGAAGAAGCUGCUAUCCUUCGUGAAGCCAUACGGACAAAACAGUUGGAUCAUGACAAUUUUCUUUUCAUACUCAGCACAAGGAGUAGUUGUCAGCUUAGAGCAACUUUUGAGUGCUACAAGCAAAAUUAUGGAUUCUCCAUUGACCAGGACAUUAAGAGCUGUGGAAAAGGUCUAUUGGAAUCUAUCCUGAAGGUGGUUAUCUGGUGUAUUGAUUCGCCAGAGAAACAUUUUGCUGAGGUUGUCAGAGCCUCGAUUGUCGGUUUUGGAACUGAUGAGGAUUCUCUAACGAGAGCCAUUGUAACUCGAGCUGAAGUUGAUAUGAUGAAAGUAAGGGGAGAAUAUAUCAUAGCGAACAAAACUAGUCUUGAUAAUGCAGUUAUUGAUGACACAUCAGGUGAUUACAGAAAAUUCCUCAUGACACUGCUUGGUGCCAAAGUGUAGACCUGACCAUUAUCUUGUUGUGUUUCAAUACUAUGCUACUACUUUGUAUGAUUUAUUCGGAAAUGCUAUAUGCGCAUUAUUGGGGUGGUUUUGCAGUGAAAUGUUUAAUAAUUGGAGAGUGAAUUUGUAUAUAAGUUUGUGGUUUGUCA